AACCUUUCUAAAUAAAGCAGGACUGAUCGCAUCACUCUGGGAGGGGAAUGAAUAAUGCAUAGCAUGGAGGCUCGUUUACAUCAUUGAGAACCCGAGGACUAAGCACUGCUUUAAUUCUCUGUUUAUGGACGAACUGCCGGACUGUACUCAAUUGAAUUACAGCACAGUAAUGUGCCUCGAAGGAUUUCCUAGAGGCGCCCAUUCACGAGGCUGUUGUGAGAGAACUCCUUCCCCAACACCUGGGCUGCGUGAGGCUGAAUAGAUGAACACACACAGCUGCUUUAGCCAUGGGAUGUGGCACUUCUGUUGCCACUGAGAGCCAAGCAAAGCAAUCAGAGAAAAAGCUGACUUACAAAUUAUUUUAUUCAAUUACUCAACGUGUAGAUGAGUCUCCCAAGGCUCCCCCUCCAGCACUAGCUAUAAAGGCAGCGGUCCUGAUCCAGCGCUGGUACAGGCGCUACAUGGCUCGGAUAGAGAUCAGGAGACGAUACACGUGGAGCAUCUUUCAGUCCAUCGAGUACGCUGGGGAGCAGGACCAGCUGCAGCUAUCCAGCUUCUUCACUUUCAUGCUGGACAACUUCACUCACCUUGGUGGGGCAAGCCCAGACUUGAUUUCUCAGUUCUUGGAAACCACAAGUGACCCCAUGAAAGAGGAAGGCAGAGCAGCAAAGUACGAGAAGAUUGAGGUUCCAGACUCCUACCCUGGCCCCCGUCUCUCCUUCCCCCUCACUGUUGCACACACUAAUGCAUUGCUCACAGCAUUCAAACAGCAGCAGCAGCAACUACAUGCUCGCUAUGUUCUACAGUUAUUACAUGAAACAAAGAAAUUCUUGAAGAAGCUGCCGAACAUCAUCCACUUGUCGACAUCCUACACCAAGGAAAUCACAAUCUGCGGUGAUUUACAUGGAAAGCUGGAUGAUCUGCUGCUUAUAUUCUACAAGAAUGGACUUCCCUCAACUGAAAAUCCUUACGUGUUUAAUGGCGAUUUUGUUGACAGAGGGAAGAAGUCAGUGGAGAUUAUAAUAAUCCUGUUCGCCUUUCUACUUCUCUACCCCAAUGAUAUGCAUUUAAACCGAGGAAAUCAUGAGGAUCACAUCAUGAACCUGAGGUAUGGAUUUACAAAAGAAGUUAUGCAGAAAUACAGGUCUCACGGGAGGGAAAUAUUGCUGCUGCUGCAGGAUGUCUUCAGCUUGCUUCCUCUAGCAACCAUAAUUGACAAUAAAGUUCUCAUCGUCCACGGAGGGAUAUCGGAUAUGACAGACCUGGAUUAUCUGGCUUCAAUAGAGAGGCACAGGUUUAAGUCAGCACUCAGACCCCCCAGGAUGAGUAUAGACAGUAGCCAGGAUAAGGGCAGAAGACAGACCAAGGGCCAGUUACCAGCUCAAUCUUCAGAUGGCCACAGGAGCAUCUCCACAAGAUUCAGUAGCAACCAUCUGGUGAAACAGAGCAGUGGAGCGUUGUCAUCAUCCUCCUCCUCUUCACUAUCUUCCUCCAUCCCAGAGUCCCGCAGAAUGAGUGACAUCCAGGAAAAGGACACCAGCAUGACCAGCAACGGGCGCCACCAACUCCAUCACAGGAGCAUCAGCCCCACGGGUAUACUGGAGGUGCCCUUCCUAGACUCCAACGUCACCAUCACUCCCAGAGUGCCGAGCUGGGAGGAGAUGGAGUGGAAGCAGAUUGUGGAUUUGCUUUGGAGUGACCCCAAAAACCAAAACGGGUGCACCCCCAAUAGCUUCCGAGGGGGAGGAUGUUACUUCGGACCUGAUGUCACUCUCAGAUUGCUGAAGAAGUACCAGCUGAAGAUGCUGAUUCGUUCACACGAGUGCAAACAGGAGGGCUAUGAGCUCUGCCAUGACGGGCAGGUGAUAACAAUUUUUUCUGCCUCCAACUACUAUGAAGAGGGUAGUAAUCGUGGGGCCUACAUUAAGCUCGGCCCGGAUCUGGUGCCACGUUUUUUCCAGUAUCAAGUUAGUAAAUUUACCAGGAGGAUGACACUGCAGCAGAGAGUAAGCGUGGCUGAAGGUUCCGCUCUCAAGUCUCUGCAAGAAAAGCUGUAUGCGCACAGAUCAGAGCUCAUCGCCGCCUUUAAACAACACGACAUUUCCAGCACAGGAACUGUUUCCACCAGCGACUGGGCCUCUGCAGUGGAGUCGGUCCUACGCCUUGAUCUACCCUGGAGGACGCUGCGUUCACGGCUCGUCAGGCUGGCUCCUGACGGGAGUGUGGAAUACAUGUCUUGCUUUGAAGAUCUGCACAUGGGACAGCCCAUUAAAGAGGUUACACCAAGCUUGGUGGAGACGCUGUAUAGAUAUCGAACAGACCUGGAGAUAAUAUUCAAUAUGAUUGACAAGGAUCAUUCAGGACUGAUUUCCAUGGAGGAGUUCCGUCAGACCUGGAGGCUGUUCAGUUCGCACCUGCACACCCAUGUAGACGACGCAGCCAUCGACGACCUGGCCCGCAGUAUUGACUUCAAUAAGGACGGCAGCAUUGACUUCAAUGAGUUUCUGGAGGCAUUCCGCGUGGUGCACAAACUGGACUCCAAAGAAAAACACUGAAGGUUUUUUUUUUAUUGUAUCCUAAACACCCCGAGAUGUUUACCACAUUCUCACUACUUACCGUUACUGCCUCCUGUACAGUAUUCGCACAGUUGGAACAAAAGCCAGGAGGGACACCGGCCCUCCAGGACUGGAAUUGCCCACCACUGUCAUAACUGAACAUUCAGUUCAUGAUUGUUGAUUACUGCAUGAUUCAAAGUAUGACGCUCCUGUGAAAGGGUAGCUUUGUGGUGAUGGCUUGCAAAAAUAGCAGAGCCAGAAGUCAGAGAUUGUAGUUCAAAAGCACUUUUUGUGAGCUGUAACAAACUAAAGAUUAAAAAAAAAUAUAUAUAUAAAAUCAGAGAAAUGAAGCACCCAAGCUUUGCUGUCUUGGUGCUUUGUCACAGCCAGCUCACACCCUGCUGCUCUGGCCUGUGAUCCUCCCAAGAGCCCCCAAACAAAGGAACUGGCUCUUUUUUUAUACAGAUAGACAAACUUAAAUGUGCAAUUAUCCUGUCUGACCACAUUCCACAUGGUUUUAACCAAACCUGAAACUUAAGUCAUACAAAAACACACACACAACCACAUAAACAACAUAUACAAAGUCACAUGUGCAGGACCUUAAAUAAAUUACUGUAUCACACUCAGUUGUUCCCCGGCAGUGGCACUGGUGAAACUCUGGGGCACUCUGGUAGUUGCUCUGACAGUUGUGCUGGCACUAGGAAAGUGAAUUUUAUUCAUCUCUAGAUUUUAUUACCAGCUAUGUGUAUCCUGUCAUGAUGCGCUUUGAACGAUAAAACUAGACUCAGAAACACCUGCUUAAAAAAACAACGGGAAGAACAGACUUUUUUGUGGCAGUUUGCCUUUUCCAAAAUGCUGACUGGUGUUGUUCUGUAUCUUAGGUGACUUGCUUUUUCUGAGAUGCUCCGUACCCCCAGCAAAGAAAUAAAAAGUGAGAAUACAUGGUUAGCAGCGAGUGCUUAUUGAUAAACUGGCUGCUGACCACGCAUACGAUAAAACCUGUGCUGAGGGUCGAGGGGUAAAUUAUGUAAUUGAAAGCCAGUUGACCCCUCAGCCUCAAUAUAAAAGACCUGCAGCUUUAGCUGACUGGGGUGGGUUGUCCAGAGGAGGAAAGAGACAAGUAAGAACAGAAACUUAAAGUAAACAGUUGCUGCUUGCGCCGUCUUUAAACCAGCAGGACACUUGUUUGAUUUAUUGUUCUCUUUGUUUUGUGUUUUGUCUAUUUGGUUUACACAUCGAGCCGUUUUGUUCUGUAAAGUGUUUUGUUUUUGUUUAAGUAUUUUAUUUAAUAAAGAAACAAGCACAUUUGCAUCUUGCCCCGUGGUACUUGCCUGCUGAGCAUUCCAUUAAUUUCCUGGCCUGACGUCACCACAAAGCCAACCUGCCACACUUGUACCCCUUUUCCACCUGCACACCCAAGCCAGCCUGGUAAUGCUCGGGUAGCUGGAGUUGC